UUGACCUGAAACGGUAAAUUCUAUGAAAGUAAUGAACCAAAGCCGGCAACUCACAUUAUAUAUAUUCUGAGUUUCGCGAUACAUAAGUGGGUUGAUUUAAUAUAAUGUUUCACAGGGCGACAAUGAAGGGGGGAUGUAUGUUCAUUCUUCUUGCUGCGGUGGUUCACCUCCUGGUUUUUGCAGAAUGCUACAGCAUUGGGGGGAGGAAAUUUGAUCCACUGGAAUCACUCCUCAAAACCCAGAAACAGAAACGACAAAACAACAAUGCCCAGACGAUAAUAAUGAGCGCUCAGGAUUUGGGUUCUGUGUACAUAGGAGCUCAAGAUGGGUUGAAGGAUGCAGACAAGAUCUCUGCCCUUCCAGGCCAACCAGAAGGCGUGAAAUUUGCACAGUUUUCUGGGUACGUGACUGUGGAUCCCCAGGCCGGCCGUGCCCUCUUCUAUUACUUUGCAGAAUCUGAAACCCCUUCUGACAAACCUCUUGUCUUGUGGCUCAAUGGCGGACCUGGCUGCUCUUCAUUCGGGAAUGGAGGAAUGAUGGAAAAUGGUCCCUUUCGUGUCAAUUCCGAUUCCAAAACUCUCUGGCUAAACAAAUAUGCCUGGAAUAAUGUGGCGAAUGUUAUUUUCCUGGAAUCGCCUGCCGGAGUGGGAUUUUCGUACUCUAAUAGAUCGUCGGAUUAUGUUACCGGAGACAAAAAAACGGCUGCUGAUAACUAUAUCUUUCUCCUGAACUGGCUGGAAAGAUUCCCGGAAUAUAAAACCAGGGACUUGUUCAUUACCGGAGAAAGUUAUGCCGGUCAUUACGUGCCUCAACUAGCUCAACUUAUACUACGUAACAACAAAAUCACCAACCAAACCAUCAUCAACCUUAAAGGGAUUGCCAUUGGGAAUGCGUAUAUCGACGAAGAAACACAAGAUUCUGGGACCUACGAUUUUUACUGGACGCAUGCACUAAUAUCCGACGAGACCCACCGAGGAAUCAUUGCAAAUUGCAACUUCUCGUCUGCAGCAUCUCCGUCUGAUACCUGCGACACCUUUGUGGAUGAUGCAGAUCGUUCUAUGGGCAACAUAUACAGUUACAACAUCUAUGCUCCAUUUUGUUCUUCGGGUUCGGGUUUGUCUUCUUCCUCGGUUCAGGGCUCUAGUAGAGGAUUUGAUCCCUGCUCAUCUGAUUAUAUUUACGUGUAUUUGAACACCCCUGAAGUGCAAAAGGCACUUCAUGCCAAUGUCACAGGGAUUCCAGGGCCAUGGGAUUCUUGCAGUCAAGAUGUCAAUGUCAACUGGGAAGACAUGCCGGAUACAGUAUUACCCACCAUUAAAGAGCUAAUGGGUAGCGGAAUUAGUGUCUGGCUUUACAGUGGAGACAUAGAUGGCAAAGUGGCAGUGACAACAACUACAUAUGCAAUAAACAAGCUUAAUACUUCAGUCAAAACUCCCUGGUAUCCAUGGUACUCCAAAGGAGAGGUUGGUGGCUAUGUGGUCGGAUAUGAGGAUUUGAGCUUUGUGACCAUAAGAGGGGCAGGGCAUUUUGUACCAAGUUAUCAACCUGAGCGUGCCCUAACCUUCUUCUCAGCCUUCGUUGAGGGAAAGCUUCCCCCUAAAUCUGCAGAGUAACUAAAGAGUUGGGAGUUGGAGGGGCCCAUUUAAUUAAAUUAAAGCCCCGACAGGCUGCCUGUGUUGUACUAUUUAAUGAUCUUCUAUAACUUAAACACUUUCAUAGAUUGUUGUUGGGAUGUUAUCUCCUUGUUCGUAUUGUGAAUAAACAAAGUACACAGGUUGCAUUGCAAGGAUUUGAUUUGCACUACUGCACA